ACUUCUCUAACAAAGGUCAAUCCUAGAUCAUCUAAAUCAGUAGCAUCAGCAUCCAUUGUAAUACCCCAAAAUUUCUAGAGCACUAAAGUGUGAGUUAGGGACCUAAUUGUGAAGAUAUACUAUUAAUGAACUUAAUAGCAAAUAUUCUCAAAGUUCAGGGACUAAAAAGAAAAGAAAUUAGGAUAAGGAUCAAGGCUGAUAUUUUUGUCCUCAGCCACGUGUUUUGCUCGUCUUCAUCUUCAUUUUCUUCUCCUCUGCCAACCGAAGCUCCCCUAAGCCACCGACUCAUCCCCUUUGAGAAAAAAUUGGUAACAAGCUUGAUUUUUUCCCUUCCUUUUCUUGUUAAAGAACUGAUUUUAGGACCUAGAACCCUCCCUUUGAAGUGGGAAUUUCAGAUCUGCUCUGUUUCUUCCCCUGGGUCUGUCCGCUCUUCUGCUGGGUGUGAAUCCUUCGGGAUUUUCGGUAAGAACCAGCUUCAAGUUCAUCUCUUUAACUUUAAUUUGGCUUGGGUCACUCUAAUCCCUUUUGUUUCUUGCUAUUUGGUGGUAGUUUUCAUGAUUUCUUCUCCAGUCUCCGUCGGCCUCCAUAGCCGCCAGCUCCGGUUUUGGCUGCUUGAAAAAUAUUGUUAUGUUGAUGGCAUCUUUAAGUCCGAAAAUGGUUAAUUAGUUGCUGCCUUGUGUUGUUGAAUUUUAUCAAAUUGUUGCUGCCCGUGUUAUCCGAAAACCCUCUGCUGUGCUGUCCGAAUUUCUGCAGAAAUAUCGAAGAAGUUGGCAGCAUUUUAAACAUGUUUUUUUAGCGUAAUUCAUGUAGAAAUAAACCUGUUUUUGGCUUGAAAUUAGCUGCUGUUCUGUGUGGAAAAUCCUGUUGUUUUGCCAAAAUUUCACUGUUCACGCGCAGUUACUGUUCACGCAGGAAAUUUUGCAAUUUGCUGCUGCGUUUCUGCAUUUUUUUUCUGCAUUUUUCUGCAAACUUGCUGCUGCAUUUUUCUGCAAGUUGCUGCUGUUUUCACUGUUCACGCAGAAACAUUCUGCAUUUUACUGCACUGAUUUUUUUGACCAGAAAACUCUGUAUUUUCUCCAGAAAAAUUCUGCAUUUUGCAGCAUUUUUCCUUGCUAUUUUCUGCAUUGUUUUCCCCCAAAUUCUUGCCAUUUACCGCAAAUUUCUGUUCCUUGCCAAAUUCUGGAAGUUGCAGUUACUGUUCACUGCGUGCACUGUUCACGCGCACUGUUCACCCGUUGAAUUUUAAGUCAUUGGAGUAGAAAAUCUCAUGGAAUACGUUAGUUAUGGCAUUGGAUUAAUUUUGGUCCAGUAGUGAUGUAUUAUUGCUUGGGGUUUUGUUUGGUUGUUGAGAAUGCGAUGGGAAAAUGAGAAGGGAAAUGGUUAUUAAUUCUUGAAUAUUUUGAUUAGGUUCCUGAUUAUUCUGUCAGUUAGCACUGAGAUCGAGUUCCCAAUUUUAUGCGAGUGAGGUAAGUAAAUUUAUGGUAAUGCCCGCACUGUUUUUAAAAGAUGUUUUGACUUGUUUUUGAAGUGGUGGCGGGACUAAACCCGUUUUAUGCAAAAGUAAGUAUGACUGAUUUGAAGUGAAGUUUUAUGCUUUUCAUUAAAUUGAGCAUGCUUAC